AUGGUUGCUCUACAGAUGCUUAUUCUUCCGGGCCCAUCGGCUCUUACCCCCGUGAGGCGUGAUGUCCUUCUGGCAAAAAUCCAGAGGCUCGUCACAAGGGUCAAAUCGAUCGAUGCGGUAUUUAUUCAUCUUGUUCAGGCAAUAUCACCCGAGCAGCAGAAUAUCCUUGAAGCGACCGAAUCUAAGGAGCGUAAAGUCUUGGAUGCUUUGCUUUCUUAUGGAGACGAUUUUUCCCUUCCCAGCACACGGUCGUUGGUACAGAACGGAGAUGGCCAAGUGCUCUAUAUCACUCCGAGGCCAGGAUCCAUAUCACCCUGGAGCAGUAAAGCAACAGACAUUUCCCGAAUGUGUGCGCUAGGAAAUUGCAUAACCCGUCUGGAACGUGGCACUGCGUUUGUGGUUGAAACCAUUGACGGACACCAGAUACCUCCACAAUCAAUCACUUCUAUCGCACCACUUAUCCACGACAGAAUGACAUCCAUCAUAUACCCACACCCUCCUCGGGUGGAGGCCCUUUUCAACGCACAAUCACCUCGCCCUCUCCGAUCCAUCUCCCUGGGCGACUCUGACACUUCCAUGGAAGAAGCCCGUUCCCGUCUUUCAGAGGCAAACAAGCUCUAUGGAAUGGCGCUAGCCCCUGACGAGAUAAAUUAUAUUGUGGAUGCAUUCUUGACGGGACCGAGCCCUAUUGGGCGAAAUCCGACCGAUGCUGAGCUCUUCAUGUUUGCGCAAGUAAACUCAGAGCACUGUCGACACAAAAUUUUCAAUGCAGACUGGACUAUUGAGGGCGUCCUACAAGAUAACUCGUUGUUUCAAAUGAUAAAAAACACAGAACGUCUGAGUGGGACAUACACGAUAUCCGCUUACUCCGAUAACGCGGCGGUAUUUGAAGGUUCUGAAGCGCCCCGUUUCGGUGUAGCUGCUGGUGCCGAAGCAAUGGAUGGUCUUACAUACAGCACGACGUCUGAAAGUAUCGCUAUUAUUGCCAAGGUUGAAACACACAACCACCCGACUGCAGUUUCUCCGUUCCCUGGAGCAGCCACGGGCUCAGGAGGCGAGAUUCGCGAUGAAGGUUCGGUCGGCAGGGGCUCCAAGCCGAAAGCUGGCCUGACUGGAUUCUCGGUGUCCAAUCUCCUCAUUCCGGGUUUCGAACAACCUUGGGAAAAGGACUUUGGGCGUCCCGAACACAUCGCUUCGGCGCUUGACAUCAUGAUUGAAGGCCCACUGGGAGCGAGUGCCUUCAAUAAUGAAUUCGGCCGACCAGCACUUGCUGGCUAUUUCCGCACGUUCGCCGAAGAAGUUGCAUCGUGCCCAACUAUUUCCGAUUCAGACACCGAGAUUCGGGGAUAUCACAAGCCGAUCAUGAUUGCAGGAGGCGUCGGAAAUGUUAGACCCAUGUUUGCUAAGAAGCAGCACAUCACCAGCGGCGCGAAAUUGAUCGUUCUGGGCGGACCAGGCAUGCUCAUUGGUCUCGGCGGUGGCGCUGCAUCCUCUCAAGCAGCAGGCGCAAGCUCCGCAGAGCUUGAUUUCGCUUCGGUACAAAGAGAAAAUGCGGAGAUGCAGCGGAGAUGCCAGCAAGUGAUUGACGCCUGUGUCGAUCUGCGCGAUGAUAAUCCAAUCGAAUCUAUUCAUGAUGUUGGUGCAGGCGGGCUCUCCAAUGCUCUUCCAGAAUUAGUACACGACGCUGAUUUGGGCGCGGAAUUAGAGAUUCGUGAUAUCCUCGUCGAUGAUGCGUCGAUGUCGCCGAUGGAGAUUUGGUGCAACGAGUCACAGGAACGUUAUGUCCUUGCUAUCGCACCUGGCCAAUUGGAACGUUUUGAGAGCAUCGCAGAACGGGAGAGGUGCCCAUUUUCGGUAGUCGGCGUUGCCACUAAGAAAAAAGAGCUCGUCGUUACAGAUCGGCUUCUGGGGACAGAAGUCAUUCACCUUCAAAUGUCGACCCUGUUUGGAAAGCCCCCUAAGCUCCACAGGAACGAUCAGAAGUAUCGGCGCCCCGUCGCGCAGUUCGAUUCGUCCCUCUCCGCGUACAUUUCCGACAGUCUCACUCUCAAUGAGCGCUUCACUUUGGCUGUCAAUCGCGUGCUACAUUUGCCUUCCGUUGCCAGUAAGUCGUUCCUCAUUACAAUUGGGGAUCGUUCCAUUACUGGGCUUGUCACCCGGGACCAAAUGGUGGGACCCUGGCAAGUCCCGGUGGCUGACGUUGCUGUCACCCGCGCAUCGUAUGGAUUCGACGUGAUCACCGGCGAAGCAAUGGCGAUGGGUGAGCGGACUCCUCUGGCGUUGCUCAGCCCUGCUGCUUCAGCCCGAAUGGCUAUUGGGGAAGCCAUCACUAACAUGGCGGCAGCUUCUGUUGGAAAUCUAAGCAGGGUUAAACUCAGUGCGAACUGGAUGUGUGCCGCGUCAUAUCCUGGAGAGGGGGCAGGGUUGUAUGAAGCUGUUCGAGCUGUUGGGCUCGAAUUGUGCCCUGCUCUGGGCAUAGGCAUACCAGUGGGUAAGGACUCCAUGUCGAUGUCAAUGAGGUGGAACAGCGGGAAAAAGAGAGAGGUGGUGGCACCGUUGUCUCUCAUCGUCACCGCUUUCUCAGCUGUGGACAACAUUCGGGAUACGUGGACGCCCCAGAUUCGAACGGAUAUAUCUACCGCGACAGUUUUGGUGCUCAUUGAUUUGUCCAAGGGUCAUCAUCGGCUAGGGGGAUCGGCAUUGGCUCAAGUCUUCAAUAGCAUCGGCUCUGAUGCCCCAGACGUUGAGGACCCGGAACUGCUUCGAGCAUUCUUCGCCGGCUGCCAAGAGGUCAGGCGGAGACGUAACGACAUGGUGCUCGCAUACCACGACAGAUCGGAUGGAGGAGUCAUAACUGCCAUCGCUGAGAUGUGCUUUGCGGGCCGUGCAGGUGUGACACUUGGGGUAGGAGACAACACUGCCGACCCGGUGGCAUUCCUUUUCAAUGAGGAACUAGGCGUUCUCAUGCAAGUGCGAGAUGCUGAUCUUGAGGAAUUCGUCAGAAUCUAUGAGUCGGCUGGCGUGCCUCCCUCUCUGAUCCAGGCUAUCGGACAAGUGGAAAACGACAGGACAGUUUUGUCUAUUCGUCAUUGUGGUCAGAAGAUAUUCUCUCAGCCUAUACCUGGCUUACAUGCCGCAUGGGCAGAAACCUCUUAUCAGAUGCAAGCGCUACGCGACGAUCCUAUCGCCGCCAGAGAAGAAUUUGCUGCCGUCGAGUCAGGCACGAUGCCUGCGAUCUUCUACGAACUCCCGUUCAAGGUUACGCCGUCCAUUCCUUUGUAUCGAACUCGACCAAGGGUGGCAAUCUUGCGAGAGCAAGGUGUUAACGGCCACGUCGAGAUGGCAUGGGCAUUUACUGCGGCAGGAUUCACUGCCGUAGAUGUUCAUAUGUCAGAUGUCAUUUCUGGAACUGUAAGUCUUCGAGACUUUCGGGGUGUCGCAGCAUGCGGAGGGUUCUCCUAUGGAGAUGUGCUAGGUGCUGGAAACGGGUGGGCUAAGUCAAUACUCAUCCAUGAAGGCGCUCGUGCACAAUUCAAAGCCUUCUUCGCUCAGCCCGGCACAUUUGCCCUAGCAGUGUGCAAUGGUUGCCAGCUGUUCAGCUAUCUUCAGAACAUAAUCCCGGGAGCAUCACAUUGGCCACAUUUGAAAACCAACCGGAGCCAACGUUUUGAGGCGAGGGUAGUGAUGGUGGAGAUUGUUCCCAACGAUGUUACCAGCAAGUCAGUCUUUUUGCGACAUAUGGGCGGGGCCAAAUUGCCGGUGCCGAUUGCACAUGGGGAAGGUAGAACUACUUGGGAGAGCGAGUCAUCUCAGGAGACGUUCCAGAGCGGGACAUUGACUGCAGUCCGAUAUGUUGACGGGAACGGCAAGCCAACGGAGGUCUACCCUCAAAACCCUAAUGGCAGUCCCAAAGGGUUGGCGGGCUUCCAUACGGAGGAUGGACGUGUACUCGCGUUAAUGCCUCAUCCGGAGCGUGCAGUCACAAGAGAGAGCAAUAGCUGGUAUCCGACCUCGUCGAAAGAGUGGGGAGGCGCCGGUCCGUGGUUUAAGAUCUUCCAGAGUGCGCGGGAGUGGUGUGAAGAGAAGCAAAAUGAUCUACGAUUAGAAUAAAUAGACUUGUACUUAAUAUUAAGCAAAACAAUAGUGCAGGGACUCAUGAACAACGAGAAC